CCGCACACAUCCCUCUUCUUUUUCUUUUUUUUCUCUCUUUUUCUUCACGAACACCAACGUCGACAGCGAGCACACCGACGACGACUUAGCACACGAUGCUUCCCCACCCCGCAAUAGCGCAGGACGUUGCGCUCUUUGCGCUGCGCAUCGUCUCUCCCGCUCUUGUACUCCUGUCAACCCUCUCCAUCGUGCCGACCAGACCCGCCUCACCAGCGUCACCGUCCCCUAUCACUCCAGUCGUCGUCGCAACUCGCACGCCUCGUCGUGCCCUCAUUUUAUCCCUCCUCUCUCUUUCUUCUCUUACCUAUCUUCUCGAUGGGCUGGCUUUUGUUAUCUUCGCCGUCAUCUACAAAAAGUGGCCCUACAACUCCGGCAUCGAGGUCAACGCGGUCCUCGGCCUUGUUGCAUUCGCCGGCCUCGCCGCAUUGGGUGCCUGGAAAGACGUCAAGGGCGUCGAUGUUUGGUCUCUGAAGAGGUUGAAGGCCGCGAUCGCGUUGUCCUUGAUCUUAGACAUCGCGCAGGUUGUCCUCUAUGGAGCGUCUAUUCCCGAUGUUUCCAAAACUUUAGUCUUCUUGUUUACUCUCCUGCACCUUGUCUUCCCGGCCUUCCGCGUGUUGCUCCUCGUGCCACUGUUCUUUGCCUUCAUCAGCCCUCGCGUUACCUAUUCCGCAGUUUCGGUCAAUGGAGCAGAACCCGGGCCGACGUCGACAUCUCUUCUUUUGCCUCCAGAAGCUGGGGCAUCUCUUUCGACAGGCCUGAAUGCGUCUCCCGUCGACGGCAGCAAGUACGGGACUUUCCGCAGCACGGGUUCUACUAACCUCACGGCCUCGGGCCCUACUACACGCGCGCAUACACCUGACCCUGCGUCUCGUAUCCUGCCGUUGAAGCCCAGCACUAAGGAGAAAGAAAUCAACCUCGAUCCUUCGUGGGGUGAGCUUUGGACCCGUUUGCGUCGCAUCACGCCCUACUUGUGGCCCUCGAAGAGUCGUGGAUUGCAAAUGAUUGCUCUUCUGUGUAUUCUCACCCUUGUUAUCGGGCGCUUCAUCAACUUUGCGGUUCCAGUCGUUCUCGCCAAGCUCGUUUCGAUCUUUGAGAAGGAUAGUACGCGUUCGCCGUGGCCAUGGGUCUUUGGAUACGUUGGGCUUCGUUUCUUGCAGAGCAGUGGUGGAUUGGCCGCGUUGCGCGAUGCUCUCUGGGCUCCUGUGAUGCAGUACUCUGAUCGCGAAAUGUCCCAGUUAUCAUUCAACCACUUACUCAACCUGUCUUUUGCGUUCCACACCCGGCGUAAGACUGGUGAGGUCCUCCGUAUCUUGGAUCGUGGGGCUGCCAUCAACCAUACGUUAGAGCUCAUUCUAUUCAGUGUGCUUCCAACUUUUGUCGAUAUCAUCGUUGCUCUUGUUGUUUUCACGAUCAAAUUGGAUUGGACAGUGUCCAUCGUAAUUUUCUUCGUGAUGUUUACUUACGUCGCAGCCAGUGUGGGGCUCACCAGAUGGCGCACUCAGCUGCGGAGGCAGAUGAAUGAUCGCGACAUCAUCACUCGGGGAAUCCAUACUGAUUGCUUGUUGAACUAUGAAACUGUAAAGUACUUCAAUGGCGAGGAACACGAAGGGGAACGCUACCGAGAUGCUCUCCUUCAAUAUCAGGCUUUGGAGUAUCGUGUCAUGCUCUCCUUGAAUCUGCUCAACCUUGUCCAAAAUUUCAUCAUCACUGUUGGAUUGCUUGUGGGAACUCUCAUUGUCGCUCAGCGUGUGACCGUCGGAACCUUGAAAGCUAGCGAUUUCGUGUUUUUCAUCACUUACCUUGCACAGUUAUACGGCCCGCUCAACAGCUUAGGGUAUAUCUACCGCUCCAUCAAUCAGUCUUUGGUUGACACCGAGAAGCUCUUGAAACUUCUGAACGAGCCUACUGAAAUCAACGACAAGCCAAACGCGCCCGAUCUCCUGGUCGGUGAUGGCGAGAUCGAGUUUGAGAAUGUCAACUUCUCCUACGAUGGUCGCACGACCGCUUUGAAAGGGGUGUCGUUCAAGGUGCCGAAGGGUAGCUCUGUUGCUCUCGUUGGCGAGUCAGGGUCUGGGAAGUCGACUAUUCUGAGAUUGCUCUACCGCUUCUAUGAUCUGCAGGAGGGCGAAGGACGCAUUGCGAUCGAUGGGCAGGAUAUCCGUGACAUCACUCAGGCGAGCUUGAGGAAGGCGAUUGGAGUUGUUCCACAGGACUCAGUGCUUUUCAACGCGACCAUCGCAUACAAUAUUGGCUAUGGCAAGUUUGGCGCAUCCCAGGAGGAGCUCGAGGAAGCUGCCAAAGCUGCACAAAUGCACGACAGGAUCCUGAGUUUCCCAGACGGAUAUGAGACGAAGGUCGGUGAACGUGGCAUCAGGCUCAGCGGUGGAGAGAAGCAGCGUGUUGCCAUCGCCCGCACACUCUUGAAGAACCCACCCAUCUUAUUGCUUGAUGAAGCCACCAGCGCACUUGAUACCUCCACAGAGAGAGAUAUUCAGAAGGCGCUGCAGAACUUGGUUCAAGGACGCUCUUCGCUGUCCAUUGCUCAUCGGCUCUCUACCAUCGCUUCUGCUGACUUGAUUCUCGUCCUCAAAGAUGGCCAGAUCGUCGAACAGGGAAGCCACAAAGAACUUCUGGAGCAAAACGGAAUAUUCGCUUCCAUGUGGGCUGAUCAAAUCUCUGCCUCGGAGGAUCCAGAACCUAGUCUUCGUAAAGAUGUGGUAUCGGGUUACUCAAUUGAGAAUGAUGGUUCCGUGGCCAGGGCGGAAGACAGCACGGCAAUUGGCGAUGUGACUGAGGAUGCGACCGCAGAGAUUUCGGAUGUUGUCCAAGUGGACGCCCAGCCGACAGAAAUCGCUAUUAUCGAAGACCCGCCAAUUGUCGAGGGACCAGCUGUGACAGAGCAUGUCGAUGCACCCAUUGCUUUCCCGAUGUCAGAUGCCGAGGAUUCCGAGCCCAUUCCUGUUUCCAGCCCUAUCGCCUUCCCGAUCUCCAAUGAUGACACGCAUCGCUCUUCAGUCAUCAGUGACACGCCCAUUCAAAGCCCAGGCGUCACAUUCGUUCAGGGAAUCAGCACUCCCCCUCGAAGCGGCACACCUGACCCUGAAUCGGAGCCCAAACGGAAACGGAUUUCCUCACAGAACUUCCAGCGGCUCGCGCGCCGCAUUUCGAUUACGACUAGACGCCAGGGAUCAGCAUCUUCCAUUCCAAUCCCAGGGUUCAUUCGAGAUGCGUCGUUUAACCGCUCGAACACGCACGAUGAUAGCGCUUCGAAAGGCGACGCAGGGAAGAGUGCACCUAAAGGCGAAGCAGGGAAAACCACAGAUAGUCCGGCACCGAGCAUCCAGAGCGAGAACGACAAGAACAAGAAAAAGGAGAAGAAGGAUAAGAAGAAGAGGAAGAGCUUAAUGUGAACCUGACGGCGCUCUGGCGUUUCUUUUCCUGGCUUCCCUAUUUUCACACCCCAUCCCACACUACUCUCUGCCUGUCCCUCGAUUCCCGCUUACGACUUAAUCACGACCUUUCCCAUGAUUCCCUAUGAACUCUCUCUGUUAUACUAGUAAUGACCUUACAUUGUCUUCUUCCUUCGUGCAUAUAGCUUUGGUAGGUGCAUUUGUAUAGUCUGGCUCUCCAUUUGUGUUUUUUUCCGCUGUCGGUCUUCGUUUCACACACUCAUCUACGUGCUCCAGCGCCCAUGUGUUAUCUUGUCACGUACCGAACGAGGACGGCCCCUAAAACCUGUGACCUGUUCUAGAUUCUAGAACGAAUCGCCGAAUUU